AUGCGACUAUAUUAUUUUUUUAGUGAUCAACGCAAAGGUUGGAUAGAAUAUGUGAAUCAGUUAAAAGUACUUCCUAUGUAUUUAUACUAAGACAAUACAAGGAUUGGUACAUUAGAACUUGAACUCUAAGAACUACUGUCAGAAAGAGUUAUCAGAAGAGAAUUCCUUAAGGUGUUUAGUGUAAAGGAUUGUUAUCCAAUAUUGAGUUGGUCACUAAAUUUAACAUUAGGACUUGUGGAUUCAGGACCAGUAAAUGUUACUAGAAUUAAGUUACAAGAUCAUUUUGGAAUUCAAUUACCAAAUCCUGACUAUUGUACCUGUGAACCUUUGCCUGCUGAAUGGAUGACUAUAUUAAAUCAGAAGAAAGAUGUGGAGUAAUCUAGAUUUGAAAGAUAAAUGACUGCUUAGACUUUAAAGAGAGUCUCCACAGCCCAUGCCAAAUUAUAGAAGAGUAAAUUCGAAGGAUCCUCAGUGUAAUAAGAAAUGGAGUCUUUCAAUGAUUCAACCAAGGAGUUAUACAGUUAACUAAAUUUAAAGAAAGAAAUUUAAUUGUAUGAAGUAGAUGAGGAUGAGCGUAAAUAAAAGAAAAGAAGACACUUUUAAUAGUAUGAUUUAUGA